AUGGCUACCACGCAGGAUAAACCCGCCAUGGUGCAUGAAAGCGACAGCGCCGCCAGCGACCCCGAGAAGUUGCACGCGGGUCACGACGAUGGGCGUUAUGAGAACAAGGCCCUCGCUAACGACCCGACGGAAGGUCAUUAUGACAUCCCUUGGACAUUCACCAGAGUGGUCGCAGUCGGUUCGCUUUGCAUCGUCUACGUCGGCUCGCAAUUGAUUCUGUACUUUGCCGAUCCCGCUCUGGCGUACAUCGCCGCUGCCGUGGACACAAAGUAUCCCAACUGGAUUCUGACUACAAAUACCCUGGCCGUCGCUGCCAUUGCUCCCUUCGUCGGUUACAUUACCGAUCUACUCGGGAGACGAUGGGUGUGCAUCGGUGGCACCGUCUGUCUGCUCGUCUCCAGUAUCCUAAUCGCCGCCUCCUACAACUUUGCGACCGUCAUCGCGGGCAUGGCCAUUGGCGGUAUUGGAGCAGGCAUCUGCGAAUUGACCGCGCUUGCUGGCGUUGCCGAGAUCACUCCCGUGCGCUGGCGUGGGGCUUCCCUUGCACUCGUCACCUUCACCAUCCUCCCAUUCAUGCCGUCGGUCAUCUACGUGCUGGAGCUGGAGCAAGCCGGUAGCUGGAGGUGGUCCUUCCUGAUUGUCGCGAUUUGGAACUUGAUUGGCUUCUUUGGCCUCAUCUUCUGCUACAAGCCACCACCGAGGCACAACGCCGACGGCCUUACGAAGGGAGAGAUUAUCAAACGCAUCGAUUACGUGGGUACUUUGCUGUCCGUAGGCGGAGUGACCAUCUUCUUGGUUGGUCUCCAGGCUGGUGGCUAUGAAUACCCCUGGACAUCUGCAACGGUCCUUGCUCCGUUGAUCAUUGGCCUGGUCAUGAUCGUUGUCCUGUUCCCACUCUGGGAAGUCUACGGCACCAAGUACCCCAUGGUUCCUUGGGCCAUCUUCAAGGGCCAGCGAGUCGUUGCGCUCGCGUUUGUGAUUGUUUUCAUUGCCGGCAUGAACUUCUACUCCAUCCUCUCCUUCUUCCCUCUCAUGCUCGAAUUCCAGUUCGCUCCUACGACCCUCAUCACCGUCGGCAUCCGCGCCCUCUCAUACCCCUUUGCCAUCCUGGGCGGUGCUUGCUUCGGAAGCUUGGCCAUCUCGUACUCGCGUGGUCACGUGCGGGAGCUCUUCGUCAUCAACGCGGCCAUCAUGUGCGCAUUUGGAGGCGCGCUGGCGGCCACGUCGCCCAACACCCCGGGGCUUGCGCUGGCCAUGGAGACUUUGGACAGCUUCGGCAUUGGCGCGAUCAUUGUGCCAUCCCUCACCCUCGCCCUCUACGCUUGUCCCGAUGAAUACAUCGGUACGACUACAGCACUCUCUCUGACUUCCCGCUUCCUCGGCGGAUCGGUUGGAGUGGGAAUCUACUACAACGUGUUCAAGAGCAAACUCACCGCACAUGCGCCCGAAAUCGCGGUGGCAGCUGUGAAAGCCGGGCUCCCCGCCGCAGAGGCCGCAUCGUUUGUGGAGGCCUUCCUCGUGAGUCCCAUCGCGGCGGAGCAGAUCAAGGGCGUGACGGCCACAGUGUUGGGAGCGGCCACGGCGGCGCAGGCGGAAGUGUACGCGGAAGCCUUGAAGUGGGUGUGGAUCACUACGAUUCCCUUCUCCGCCGUCGCCGUCCUGUGCUGCUUGGCUCUGCCCAACAUCAAGCGCUUCAUGAGCGGCCGUAUCGCUGUGGACAUUCACUGA